CAGCACAUUGUAGUCACUCUCACUCUGUUUCAGUUGCAUUACUGUUGGCUUGGGGUUUCUCUCAGCUGGAAUGUGUUCUCUAAUUGCCAAGCUCUCUUCCCUUCGUCUCUCACUCUCCAUUGUUUCCUCAUCUUCAUCUUCCUCUUCCUCUUCCUCUAAAGAUGGAAAACCCAACUCAAAGUCAGUGAAGCUGAGAGAGGACUGGAGGCAACGCUCCAGACCCAUUCCUCCUGGUGGCACUUACCCGGCUAAAGAUCACUGCAGUCGUUGCGGGUUGUGCGACACAUAUUACAUUGCCCAUUUCAAGGAAGCCUGUGCUUUCUUAGGAGAUGGAAUGUCUAAGAUUGAAGGCUUGGAACCUGUAGUUCAUGGUAGAGGGAGAAAAACAGGUUCCUCAGAUGAAAUUCUUCUACCAUUUUAUGACAAUUUUGUUUCUGGUUAUUGUUAUUCCAUCCUCAUUAUGUCAUUUCUCUUUAUCCCGUUCUCAAAAGGACACCAGCGGAAGUGCAAGUUACCAUCUGUGGAGCACCAUUUAAAUUUGGACGAGCUUUAUGUGUUAGGCACAAAUUGCGUGGACAAUGGGACUCGAGAAGGGCUUGAUAAGUUUUUAAAGGCAGCAAGUAGUGAACCAGAGACAGUUCACUUGAAGCAUUUGGAUGGUCAUAUUGAAGAGAUUCAACAACUAGAAGGUAUGAUUGACAGUUUUGGUCAAGGAAAGUUCAUUUCUGAAAUUGCUGUAGACAUACCUUUAGAUAUUAAGAAAGAACAUCAGGAACUAAAUAGGACUAGCAACCUUGAGGAUAAGAUUGCAGUGGAUGAACAUUUAUCAUGCUAUUGA